UCCGAAGCAGCUGAGGAUACAUGUAGCGGUGAAACACGACAAACGUAGCCGGUGAUACUUUGAUUUAAAGUACUUCUGCUUGAAUGUAUCCAUUAUGAACACACCUUAAAAACAGUCGUCUUAUUUAAGUCUGCAGCGGAACUAAUGGAGAGUUAAGACUGUUAUUAGCCUACUAUAGGGUUUGCUGAAUUCCAUCACAACCAAACUUAGAACUAGUGUGCCAGUGUGCUAAAAUGCCUACUGAGGUAAAGCAGAGGAAGAAGUCACCUAAACAAAGUGAUGAAGUGUCGGAAACGUCGGCUUCAAAUGGUAAAGAUGAAGAUAAAAAAAACAAAACGCAAGCUGGAAACUACGCAGCAGCAAAUAAGACAUCUUCGUGUUUUGAUACGAGAAGUAUAAUGUGCUUAUUGUCGCUAGCUGCAUGUGGAGCUUUGAGUUGGAUGGUGCUGCAACAGAACGAGAGGUUCUCGGCAAUGGAGGAAAAGUUCAAACUGUUACAUGGGAAGACUUCAAGUCUGUUUAACAUGGAGGAAGAAGUGCUUAAAGUUUCUAAAAAGCUUGCCGCCUCUGAGGACGACCUGCAGGAAGCGCUCUCCACCGUCUCCUUGGCAACAAGACUCCAGCAGGACAUCUCCGCUCUCCACGCUUCUGUCAUGGCCAUGCAAGCCGACGAGAACUCUGCCGGCCGUGACCUGCAGGCCGUCAACGCCCACUUCCUCAACGUAACGGAGACGUGGCAGGAACGUCUGGCCGCCAUCUCCUCUGACCUGGCUGCUCUCAAGGCCGAGUCCCGGGAAGCCCACGCUGGAGCCACAGACCAGGUGAACGAGGCCGAACGGAGGGCCCGGUUGCUGGAAGAGAGGUUGGAGGAGCUCGAGGACAGCACCAAGAGGAAUGCCCGCGUUCUGGAGCGCACAGAGGAGGACGACACUAAGCGAACACAGGAACAUUUAGACUGGAACACCAAGCAGAUCCACAACCUGGAGGUGCAGAUCAGCAGCCUGAGCAAGAAGGAGGCGGAGCUCAGCGCUCAGCUGGAGGAGCACAUCCCCCGGGCACAAGAGUGCGAGAAGCACCUUCCGCAGGUGGAGGAGGCUGUGCGCUCCAUCCUGAGGCUCGGGGGUGACCUGAGUGGGGCGGAGAAACGUCUCGAGGAGGUGACGUUACAGGUGUUUGGGACUGAAGACAGCAUGUUGAAAGCCCUGAAUGAAAUCCUGGAGAUCAGGCAGGAGCUGGACACACUGCACGCCCAAAACAGCAUCCUCAAGAUGAAGAAUGAGCUCUCCGUGGUCAAGGAGGCAGUCCGUGAACUCACCAUGGUCCUGAAGGAAAAUACGAUCGACAGCCAGCGGGACGCUUUAGAGGAAGAAGGCUGGAAGGAGGAGGAGGAGGAGGAGGAGGAGCCCUGGGAGGAAUGGGAAAAAGAUGAAGAAACGACUCAACCUCUUCCUGGUGACAUCACUGAAUGAUGUCACUCCUUUGAGUCGACUAGGGAAAAGGAGUGUCUCUGAAUUUUCUGCCAAAGACUAAAAGACUUACGUGAAUGUUUUUCAAUAUGAGCACCUCAGUCUCACGUCAUUGCAUUAAAGUUUCCUGAUUUCAACAUGAACUCUGGUGCACGUGCCGUGUAUAAGACAAGCGCAGUCUAGACUAUUUAUUACAAUGUUUGUUUAAUGUGCUUUGACAGCUUUUAGGUUUCUUCAGUAUUUGUUUAAAUCACAUACCGUUACUUUCAAGCCAGCCAUUUGAACUAAAACACAAAUAUAGCAACAUGUGGGUGAGUCUUUCCUGAUAAAGCCACACGAGAGCUUUCAGCGAUUAAUCCUCAUGGUUUUUUUUUUUUUUUGCUUUUCUUGUCUUUUUCAUUUGUACAUUUGGAUUUUUUGAGUUUCCAUUGGAUGUUUGGAGGAGACGAAGCGAUUUCAUGACGUCUCAAGCUUAAAGAAAUACGUUUUUAUAUAUGCCUGACCUUUUGUAGACCAAACACAAAUCAGUUAUUUGAUCAUAAAAUAAACUGAUCAGUAGAAUGUAUUUUUCCUAUGAGUCAGUGUUAUCUGAACUUAUU